AAAAUAAUAGCCCAAUUUUUUAAUAAAUUGGCAAUAAGGAGAAUGGGUGUUAUAAGUACAUCACAUAGACUCACUUUCUUUGCAUAGUGUUUUCUCGUUUUCAUAAUCUUAGAGCUUCGAAUUAUCUCCCUCCAUCUGUAAUGCAAAUUAUAUUCAUGUCCGCCAUAUAUAGAUAUGCUGUGUCACAGUGACACCACAGUUGGGAGGACAUUGCCUUGUCUGUUUAUCCACGUAGGAGAAGCUCAAAGCUUAAUUAUCUUGGAGUUUGUAAAAUUUUGAGUCUCUUCUGGGGGAGUUUGUGAAUUUUUCUACACACAGAAAAGAAAGAAGAUUAUGGGGGACGACGGUGGGAAAGAUUUGGGUUCGACUCCUCCUUCUUUUUCGGGAUGUUUGAGUUAUAAAAAUGCUCUGAGUGAGACACCAAGGCGACUUAUGGAGCGCGCAGGAGCAACUCUGACACCUCUACAAGAGAUGACACAGAUCAGGAGGCGCUCAGGAGCAGAUAUGAGGAGGAAAUUAGAGUGGUAUGAUUUGAUUGCCUUGGGAGUUGGAGGAAUGCUUGGAGCAGGAGUUUUUGUGACCACGGGCACUGUUGCUAAUCAAACUUCGGGGCCUGCUGUUGUGCUGUCUUAUAUCGUGGCUGGGCUGUCUGCGUUACUCUCAGCUUUCUGCUACACAGAGUUUGCAGUAGAGAUUCCUGUGGCCGGCGGAGCUUUUAGUUAUCUUCGCAUAACUUUCGGUGAGUUUGCAGGGUAUUUUGCCGGAGCUAAUCUGCUCAUGGAAUAUGUCUUGUCUAAUGCUGCGGUUGCCCGCGGUUUUACCUCGAAUUUCGCAAGCGUGUUUGGGAUUAUGCAUGAGAAUGCUUGGCGAUUGCCAGUUAAAGGCUUGGCGGAUGGAUACAAUAUGCUUGAUUUUUUGGCUGUGGGUUUGGUGAUCUUGCUUACUUUGUGCCUAUGUUACAGUACUAAAGAGAGUUCGAUGUUGAACAUAGUGGUGACUUUCUUCCACCUGCUCUUGUUUGGAUUUAUUAUUGUUGCGGGGUUCCAUUAUGGGGAUUUCCACAAUCUGACCAAGAGUUUAGAAGCUUCUGAACCAGGUGGAUUUGCACCUUUUGGGGCACGCGGUGUAUUUGAGGGAGCUGCAAUGGUUUAUUUCAGUUAUAUAGGCUAUGAUUCGGUUUCUACCAUGGCAGAGGAGAUCAAAAAUCCUGCCAAAAGCCUUCCUCUGGGAGUUUCGGGGUCUGUGAUAAUAGUUUCUGUGCUCUACUGCCUCAUGUCCCUUGCACUCUGUCUUCUCUUGCCUUAUGAUCUGAUCAGUAAAGAUUCGGCGGCUUUCCCAGAAGCUUUCAAACGAUCCGUAGGGUGGAAGUGGGGCUCAAACAUGGUGGGUGUGGGGGCGAGCUUGGGAAUCGUAGCAUCACUUCUAGUCGCAAUGUUUGGGCAGGCCAGGUAUUUGUGUGUUAUUGGGCGAGCCCGAUUAAUUCCCUAUUGGUUCGCAAGAGUCCAUCCCACUACAGGCACGCCCAUGAAUGCCACUCUCUUCCUAGGCGUUUGUACAGCAGCCAUUGCAUUGUUCACCGAGCUGAAAAUCGUCCUGAAGAUGAUUAGUAUUGGUACCCUUGUGGUGUUCUAUAUCGUUGCUAAUGCUCUCAUCUACCGCAGGCAUGUUAAGAUUGGAGUCACCAAGCCCUUGCCAACAGUUGUUUUCUUACUAGUAUUCUCAGCAAGUGCCACUGGGUUUGCUCUCUUUUGGCAUCUCAACAAGCACAGUUGGUGGGGUCUCGUCACAUUUGGCACCAUUUCAGUUCUACUGAUAGCUGGCUUUCAGUUCUUUGUUCCCAUUGUCCAUCACCCAAAAGACUGGGGGGUUCCUCUCAUGCCAUGGUUCCCUGCUGCUUCUAUCUUCCUCAAUGUCUUUCUCCUAAGCUCUCUGGACAAAAAGUCCUAUGAAAGAUUUGGAAUAUGGACCAUAUUAGCAGUUCUGUUCUAUGUUUUCUAUGGUGUACAUUCUAGCCAUGAUGCAGAGGUAUCUGAGGCACAAGCAGCAUCGUUAACAAAUCCAACUGCACAAGCUCCUCAAGGAAAGGAGCUGGAAAUCUCUGCCUUGGGAUUCCCAGGCGGAGAUCAUGAACUCAAAGUUGAGAUAAUACGACUACAAUGACAAAGAAGAAUAUACCCAGUCCCACCUCUAUACUCUCUAUCUAAGGCUUUAACCGAGACUACAACUUCAGUUUAGCUGUCUUGGUACAAGUCUCAAUGUUAUCUUGUAUUUCUCCCCGUUGUAUGUAAUCCAAGACAAAGUUGAAAAUAACAGAAUAAGAUAAUAAGACAAUUGGCACGGAAACACUUUUAACGAAGAAAGCCAGACACGUGGUUUUUAUAGACUGACACUGUAGUUUCUUUCUGGGCUUUCGCUUUCCGGGCUAAUGCAGGAAUUUCAAAAAGUUCAUAGUUUAAGAUAUCUCAUGGCAGGGUCCCGAGCAGAUAACUUUUAUAACAAGCAUAGAUCAUCUAUUCUAGAAGGGUUUUUUCUCUAAA